GCUGACACUGUCCCUUUGUUUCUGUGGACCAAACACUAUGACUUCAGUCUUGUCAGAGUUUAGCUGGAGAAAGUUGUUUUGCAUCCACACACUGAUCUGUUGGAUGCAAUGACCAAGUGAGUCCACUGGUCCAUAGAAGUGGACAGCAUCGUUGUCACUGUAGUUUUAAAGAUGAAAUCACUAAAAGAUGAACAGAAAAGUGGAUAAAAUGGACAUUAAUGAAGCAACCUGAAGGAGCUCUCUUACCUCAGUUUGAGUUUCUUGAAAAGGAAGUCAAACAGUAGCUCAGUUGGUAGAGCGUUUGUCCACUGAUCCGAAAGUCGGCGGAGCGAUUCCAGCUCCUACAGAUGAAUGCUGUCUUAGUGUCCUUGGGCAAAACACUUCACCCAUCUCGCCCCCUGCACUGCUUGGCUGAAAUUUAAGGCGUGACAGAGGACCAGUGCACUGUGAGUCCUCGUCUUCUCAGCACCAGAGCAGGUCUUUGGUCCGAGAUCUCUCCUGAAGUCAGCACAGCCCAAUGAGCCGGCAGCAGCAGCAGCCAAAACACUCCUCUUCUGACCACAACGGAGUGAGCGUGAUACAGAGCCAGCCCCACGCUUCCUCCCUACAACAGGUGCCCCAACUGGUCCCUGCCAAUCCGUCAGCGCCAGGAGGAAAAGCUUUGGCCCCGAGCAAGAUGAAGAAGGCCCAUGCGGACAAGGACAGCGAGGAGUACCGCCAGAGGAGGGAGAGGAACAACCUGGCCGUGAAGAAGAGCCGGAUGAGGAGCAAGCAGAAGGCCAUGGACACCCAACAGAGAGUCAACGAACUCAAGGAGGAGAACGAGCGCCUGGAGGCCAAAAUCAAACUCCUGAGCAAAGAACUGAGCGUACUUAAAGACCUGUUUCUGGAGCACGCGCACAAUCUCGCCGACAACGUGCAGCCGCCAAACGUAGACGGAACGAGCCCCGCCCCCAGCGCUCCCAACGGACAGUGAGAGCUCUCCGUCGCCCCAACCCCCCCCGCCCCUCCCCGCCACUGCCGCCCUGCUGGUGGCAGAGCGGAACUACUACUACUACUACUUCUACUCCUCUUUCUCUUUCUGUCUCCACUGCUCUUUCAGGUUUUUUUUUUUUUUUUUUUUGUAUAUAGCCACAUGCACCUCUCGCUUUAAGACAUGAGUUCGAUGAGUCUGCAGGUUAGCACGAUGUUUGAUUGAGUACAAGUUUGUAAAUAUUGUCGAGAAUGAUUGGUUUAGUCGGGCUACGACUAGAGAUCGACUGAUAUGUUUUUAUUUUUUCUAUUACCGAUACAAAUUGAAUCUAAAUCAACCAAUGGCCGCUAAAAUCUGCCGAUAUUUUGGGCCGGUAUGAGGCAGAUUUUGACUAUUUUGCUCAAAUUAUGUUAAUUAAAUCCACUACAAACUCACCCACAGCACUUUUUUUUAAAAUCACGAACCUUUAAGAGAGCUGUGCGUCUCAUUUCGUGCAGUUAUUUCUUCGUAUUUACGUGUUAAAAUUAACUUUUUGAGUAUUUUUAGGCAGCAAAUCGACCAAAACAGAAUAUCGGCCCGUGCUGGAGAUUGAAGGUCGAUUUCCUUUACUCUUAAACAGGACAAAUAUCGGUUUGAUAUAUCGGUCUAUCUCUAGCUACAGUUAAUCAAAUGCAUUGUGAUUUUUAACUAAUAAAUUAUUGAUGAAAUUGUUUUUUUAUAUGCCAUGGAAAGAGAUUGUUUGGCAAAGACAAAUCAGAUUAUUAUGAUACACAUUUUGGGAAUUUUAUGGGGGAAAAAAAUAAAGAAAAUUAUGUUAAAAUCUGCCCUUGAAUAUAAUGAUAUGAAACCUAACUAUGAGUCUGAUUUGUAAUUUAUUUAUGUUUGCAGGCACUCACGAUAUUUUUUAACAAAAUUUUGGUUUCGAUCUCAUCUUCAUGGACUUUGUAUGUUCGAAAAACAACUCUAAACUCAAGCGACGAGUAUUCGCGAAAUGGAAAAUAAACAAAAAAGUACAAGUUUUGGAUUUUUUUUCAUCACCUGACCUAAAAUUUGACGACGGGAUUCAAUUGCGUAAAAGGAGUUUGAAUUUGAAAAAGGACGAAAACGGACAAGAACUGUUGCUGAAGAAAGAAAGACUAUUUCUUUAAAACGAUUCUUCUACCCGCAUCUUUUUGAAUGCUCCUGUCUCCUGUAGAAUCCAUUUUGUUUUUAAGUGUAUUUUCUGAAAUUGUGUCGAAAGCUGUUGAAAGGGGUAAGUCACUACACUAAAAAUAGGCUGUGUUCACGAAGAUUUUGACGCCAUGAUUUCAGAGUCGAUGGGAAAUUCAGCGUUUAUGGAGAAAAUAUGAAAAUGUACCGUCAAAAGUUUUGGAACACCACCGUUUUUUGUUUUUUUUACUGUUUACCAAAACUUAUUCUAAACUUUUGAUUCAUGAAAGUGUCCACCUUUGGCAGAUUUAACAGCUGAACACACUCGUGGCUCGUUCUUUUUACGACAGAAAUCAAAUAUUCUUCAGAAAGUUCUUCCCAAGUCUGUUGCAGAAGUUCUCGUAAAUGUGUGGCACUUGUAGGUUUCUUGACUUUCACUUUUCGGUCCAGUUCAUCCCAAACCAGCUCGAUGGGGUUUAAGUCUGGACAGGAUAUCCCCAGGUUUGACUACCCCAAAUUUAAGACUUUUUAAAGACCUUUUUAAGACCACUUAAAUGAAAAUUAAAACCAAAAUCGCACCCAUUAUGCGGGCGAAAAACACCAGAUCCAAUUCUAAUAAUGACCAAACAACAACUGGACUAUAUCUAGAAUCUAAGAAUCUAAAGACACUAGAAUCUUAGAGCCACCGUGGAUUAAACCUUCACUUCCCCAUGAUCCAUCCAUCCAAUUACUGCUGCGCCAGAAACUAAAGUAUUGUUUGCGCAGACUCCAAAUUAGACGUUCAUUUAACACUUCGCACUGCAGCUCGGUUGAGUCGACAAAAAAAAAACAGGCUAAUGAAAUUUAAGACAUUUGUGAAAAAAUAAGACUUGGGCAACAUAAUUUAAAGACCUUUUAAGGCUUCCCUGCUGGAGACUGUGCUGGACACUCCAUGUUUUCAAGCUUUAUCAUCUUUUUCCUGAGGUAGUUUUGGACUUGUGUUUUGUAUCUUUUAUCUUUUUUUUAACCUCUGUCUGUUCAGUUUUUACCUUUGUACUAUUUCAAAAUGUUCAUUGGACUUGCACGACUUGAAUUGCAAUAAAUAACUGGAAAAAUUAGGAUGUUCUGAAACUUUUGACCGGUAGUGUAUGUUCUCCACAAACUUGGGCCCAUAUUACACAAUUUUCUGAUCUGUUUUAAUGUUUCUUCAUCACAAACAGACCUGGAGUUGUGUUUUUUUUUUUUUUUUUUUUUUGUUGGUUUCAUUCACACAUGUUUAACACAAAACCUGCAUAUUUAAGAGUUCUUCUCUCAAACAGAAAACACUUUUCCAACUUGUGAUGUAAUGUGAUGAUAUAAAGAGAGCUCCACUGUGUUUUUAAACUCCAUGCACCUUCACUGGAAUCAUUUGGAUUGAUGAUUUCAGAUCUGGAAGACUUUACCGAUCUCCACUGAACAAAAGUUGACGCCACAAGAUCGAACUGAGCGUUUUGAGGUUUGGAGAUAAAGACAGAUGAAUAAUUAAUUAUUACUCAAACAUGAAUGAAACAAAACACAAACUCCAGGUCUGUUUUUAGAUGAUUUAACAACAUUAUAACAUAGAUUAAAGCUCACAAGAGUCAAUUUUGUGUAAUAUAGGACCUUUAAUCUUGAUGAUGAUCUCCUCUCAGCUGACGACAAUCACGUCUUUGGGUUUGAAUACUGGCACCGCUUUCUAAAACGUUUGCGAUAAAACGAUUCCGCUUUGUUUAUUUACACUGACAGAGAACACCGUGAACUUUGUGCCAGUUUUUGGUUUCACGCAAAUCGGCCGAGUCAUUGCAAAGAUAUGAACCGCAAUCCAGGUCAGCAAAUCUGUAAUCUGACACUUAAAGGUGCAUUGUGUAACUUUUCUGGGUCUGUCACUUGCUUGUUGCUAUGGAUACGUCAUCGCUGUGCCUGGAACGUUCCACAGUAUGACUUUAAACAGCUCUACUUUACAUUUAUUCAAUCACAGGUGGUUUUAUAGCUCGAAAAUAUCAUAAAAAACAGGCAUUCUGACUGAGAGCGGCUCGCCUUUCCGCAGAUCUGACCUGUAACUUGUUCCGGUUUGGUCUCCGUGAAGAUGGAAAUGUUUAAUGCCAUACUGUGGAACAUUCCAGACAAAGGAAUAAGUUACACAACGCAACUUUAAACGGAAAUUUCCACCGUAGCGUUUUUAACAUUUCAGAUUCCAGAACGACGAGGAUUUGGGACUGUUGCCGUAGCGAUGAACAUUUUUCGAUUGUGAAACGUGACGACUCGUGAGCGCAGCCUAUUGGACGACGUCUCUGGUAUUUUCAGCGUGGAACUUGUGUUGUUUUUUGGGCCACAGACAUGAGCCAUUAAAACGUCAACAAAACGAACAAUGCCUUUUUCUACAGGACUCUGCUGAAAUCAUGUGUGCUUCCUACGAUGUGUUUUUGUAACUGGGGAAUGUUGCUGAUAUGAUUUUUGAAUGACUUUGUUGGUCGCGUUUGUCAAAAUUGGAUUCAUUGAAAUUAAAAGAUACUGGAGAGACUGUAAA